GAGAGCUGCCUUCAGAGAAAACAAUACUAACCACUAACCAACCACUAUGGCUGAAUCAUGGAUGGGACAUUGUUGCAGCUCAUAAAGAAGGAAACCAGCAAGAGAGGAGCAGGUGUAUGAAAAUGAACAACCCAUCUGCACUGAACAAAGAGCUGUUUGUCCCAUGUGGAGAGGUGCUGCUGGUGGCAGUGGAGGUGCAGAGGGCCAGGAGCAGGUACAGGUCCCUGCUGAGAAACAAGAGGGGCUCCUCCUUCCUUUGUGUCUCAGUGACAAAGAACAAACCUCAGAAGCUCUAUAUCAUAAAGGUGAAGAGGAGCGGAGACUCUGGCUUUACCAGAAGGUCCAGGUGGACAGUGGAGGAACUGCGGCAGGUUAAUGGCAUAAACCCACACAAGGACAGCCCUGAGUUUGAGCUGACUUUUGACAACACUGUGGACCACUGGGUGACCCGCUCUGCUGCUGACAAAUGCAUCUUUGUCCAAGUCCUGUAUGGGGCCUGCAAGGCACACCUGAGAAGCCCGUCUGGGGUUGUGGUGAUCAUACCUGGGCCAGAUGAGGGCCAGAAGAGGGCCCCAGGCAGUGAGAACGAGGGCCCCACUCCCAGCCCUAUGCACACCAGUCUGCGCAUCAGACGCAAGAGCAUCGCUCCCCCAAGACAAACUCACUUUAUCAACUGCCAACCCAAGCUGACCCGAGAUGCCCACCGCAUGAACCUAGUCGUCUACCAGUGUAAAGCCCUUCUCAACCGAAUGAAGAACAAAGUGGCUGCUAAACAAAAGCAGUACAGAGACCGGGAGCACCUGGGGCAGACUGAUGAAGCAAGCCCAAUGUGGAGUCUGGUGCAGAGGAUGACUGUGGCUCUGGGGAGGAGGAAGAGCAAACUGAACGCAGCUGAAAACAGGACUGAGGAGCUGAGGCAGGCGGCUCAGCGCUUUGCUCAGAGCGCUCGCCAGUUGGCUCUGAAGUACACCAGGUAGAGAACACAUGGACCUGCAGAGGGCAGUAGGGGCUGAAGAAGUGAAGGUGCCACUUGAGCUGGAAAUAAAAGAUGGUUUUGUUUUGUUUUUUGUUUUGUUUUUUUUACCUAUAAACAUAUUAAUAAUUGUUGCAAACGUAUGGUGAAUGUAUAUAGAUGAAUGCUUGAUUCAUGAUUUAUCUUAAUUAUCACAAUAUAUCCCCUAAUUGCUUCAAAGAGUUUCUAUCCAUUUUGGUUAUGUAUUUAUUUAAAACUUCUGGAGAAUGUAAUACUUGUUGGCCAUGUCAAUUAAUACAAUUUAUUGUUACAAUGUCUGCAUAAAUGUGCUACUGUCUCGUGAAUUUGUGUUUUUAAACAUUUGUGGAUGUCUGUUCAUUAAUGUCACUUUUGUCAAUUGAUAUUUUUGUCUUUUGUCUGCUUGUCACUGGAAUACAAAUUAACAGAUAAAUAAAAAAAAAACAUACUAACUUAUCACUUUGAAAUUUUACUAAUGGGUUUCAUUGUCUCAAAUCACAAUUUUAGUAGUUUCAGCAAUACAUGUACAUGUAUAUU